UGAUAGUCAGUGUUAAAUGGAAAAGAAUGUUAGAAUGUAACAUUUACAGUCAGAUAUGAAUAUAUGGAAGUGAAAUGUAACAGAGGGAGAGAAUGAAUGUACGAGCUCUGUAACUGUUGCGGCGUGUGGACGGUCUCUGUCCUUGGGCGUUAUGAAAACAUUAUCAAUUGAACGGAGCUUUAGUGGAGACUCAGAAAAUGAAUUACAUGGGGCAGUUGGCGGGACAGGUGUUUGUGCAGGUGAAGGAGCUCUACAGAGGUCUAAAUCCUGCCACACUGUCUGGCUGCAUCGACAUCAUCGUCGUCCGGCAACCAGAUGGAGCUCUGAUCUGCUCUCCCUUUCACGUACGCUUCGGAAAGAUUAGUGUCCUGAGAUCACGAGAAAAAGUGGUGGACAUAGAGAUCAAUGGGGUACCUGUGAAUUUACAAAUGAAACUGGGAGAGAACGGAGAAGCUUUCUUUGUCAAGGAGACAAAAGAAAAUCAGGAAGUGAUUCCAUCACACUUGGCCACAUCUCCUAUCUCAUCUGAAGGGGGUGUUCUGAUGGGCUGCAGCACAGAGAAUGGAGUGAUAAAGAAGAGGAGGAAGAGAAGGAGGAAGUGCAGAGUGGAGGGUGUGAAGAGGGAGGAGAGCAUGGAGGAGUUCUCAGAAGAGGUUGUGUUCAGCAUUGACAUCAGUGACAGCGAGCAGGCCGGUCAGAACAGUCCUAAUGUGUCUUGUCCCAGCACCCCUGAGAGCGACUCUGAACUGAUCUCUAAAGGGCAACAAGAGGAUUCAGCCAUGCUGUGGUCCUGGGGUGAACUGCCACAAGCUGAGCCAUCGUUUCUGUCAGUGAAGCCAAACAUCCAGUCAGAGUCACACACUGAUGGCAAAUCAGACAAAUCAAAAGAGUUUGAAAAGCAGGAUGUGACAUCAGCAGCAACUGUAAUGUCAGAGGUUGAGGAAGGUGGAAAAAAUAUUGGACCUCUGCCACAAAAUAAGACAGAUUUUCCUUCUAAAACAAAAGAUAAGAGAAGUCACCAUUUGGGGUCUGACGGCGUAUAUUUGGAUGAUAUAACAGACCUGGAGCCAGAAGUUGCUGCACUAUACUUCCCUAAAAGUGGUUUAGAGCGUUCGUACGAUGAGAAUUAUCUUCGUUGUGUGACCGUUUCUCCUCAGUCCAUGUGCAGCUCAGGAGCAGACAGUGGAGUGGACAGUUAUGACCUGCCCUCUAUCACCAUCUCUCUGUGUGGAGGACUCACUGAAAACAGAGACAUCACUAAAGAACAUUUCCAGCAUAAGUCUGUGUCUUAUCAGCAGUUUGCUGAGAAUCCAUCAAUCAUUGACGACCCAAAUUUGGUGGUGAAGAUCGGCUCUAAAUAUUACAACUGGAACACUGCUGCUCCAAUUAUGCUGGCAAUGCAAGCCUUCCAGAAGCCGCUGCCUAUGAAAGUAAUAUGGGUUUGGAGCAACCUGAGGGCCACUGUAGAGAGAGUGAUGAAAGAGAAGAUGCCCAGAAACAGAGGAAGAUGGUGGUUUUCAUGGAGAGGAAGAACAAACAGCACCAAACCGGAUUCAGUCUCAGAUGGUUCUGUGUGUGCCGCACGACACGAGACGCCCAAGAACAGGCAGACAGAUGAGUCCUCCUCCUGUGAUGAAGAUCACUUAUCUUCUAAUCAAACCCCAAUACCAGUGCAAACAGACCCCGCCCUUGCCGCAGGGGGCGUGUCCUAUCAGAAGACUCUCCGCCUCUCCUCUGAACAACUGGCUAGUCUACAGUUGAAGGACGGUCCUAAUGACGUGGUGUUUAGUGUGACGACUCAGUAUCAAGGCACGUGUCGCUGUGAGGGAACCAUCUACUUGUGGAACUGGAACGAUAAAAUCGUCAUAUCAGAUAUAGAUGGCACAAUAACCAGGUCAGAUAAGCUGGGUCACAUUCUGCCCACACUGGGGAAAGACUGGACCCAUCAGGGUAUUGCUCAUCUGUAUCAUAGCGUCAGCCAGAAUGGCUAUAAGUUUCUGUACUGCUCAGCGAGGGCGAUCGGAAUGGCUGAUAUGACGCGGGGUUACCUGCACUGGGUCAAUGAGAGAGGAACUAUGCUACCACAGGGACCCGUUUUACUGAGUCCCAGCAGCCUGUAUUCUGCACUACACAGGGAGGUUAUUGAGAAGAGACCGGAGAAGUUUAAAGUGGCGUGUUUAACAGACAUUAAGAACCUGUUCCUCCCAAACACUGAGCCCUUCUACGCUGCAUUUGGGAACAAAGGCACUGAUGUGUUUUCCUACAAGGAAGUGGGUGUUCCCUUAAACAGAAUCUUCACUGUCAAUCCUAAAGGAGAACUGAUCCAGGAACACGCCAAGACCAAUAUCUCAUCGUACGUGCGUCUGGGCGAGGUGGUGGAUCACGUCUUUCCACUCCUGAAAUGCAGCAGUUCAUGUGAGUUCCCCUGCAGUGACACCUUUAGCCAGUUCACCUACUGGAGAGAACAACUCCCCCUAGUGGACGGACAAAUAGAGAGCACGGAUAACAUCACACGAUGAACAAAUGCACUAAUUCUCACAACUUCCUUUGUGGAGACUGCACAGAAUGUAGAAAGAAAAAUACUGAUGUGCUAUACAAGAGAAACAUUCAAAUACAUAACGAACAAACAUUUAAAGGGAUAAUUCAUACAAAAAUGACAAUUCUGUAAUCAUUAACUCACCGUCAUGUAGUUCCAAUUCAAAUGACUGACUUUCUUCUGUGCUGCUUAACAUCUACUUUUUCUGUUCCAUGGAAGACAGAAAGUUACACAGGUUUGAUCAAUACUUACUGAAAUCAGUGCAAAUAUAUGCAGAUCAAACACAAUCACAUCUGGACCUCAGGCAUAGAUGCACUUUCUUUCAAAGACGUCUUCACAUUUCAUUGGUUAUAUUUUCAUCUAUAAAAUAUUGUGUAAUGGUAGGCAAGUUCAGAUGUAGGAUAUAUUCUUGCUUUUUCUGUCAGUUUUGGUUGUUGCAGGCACACAGUCUAAGAAGAAAGAAAAAACCUAAAGCAUCUGUCUCAAAUUUCUCAGAGAAAACAGCAAUUCUGUAAAUUCAACAUUUGAAAGAGGAUAUUGGAUAUGUAACAUUAUUUGGACCCUUACUUGAUUUUGUGUGUGUUUGUGUACUUGAUAAGAAUAUUUAAAUUGUUUUGAAGUGUUUUGCAGUCAUGAAGAACACUGGUUCUCAGCUGAUUUGUACCAGAUGUCGCACCAAGAUUGUACAUUUGAUUCAAAAGUAUCCUUAAAACCAAAUAUUGAAAUUUACAUUUUAUGCAUUUGGCAGACGCUUUUAUCCAAAGCGACUUACAGUGCACUUAUUACAGGGACAAUCCCCCCCGGAGCAACCUGGAGUUAAGUGCUUUGCUCAAGGACACAAUGGUGGUGGCCGUGGGGUUCGAACCAGCAACCUUCUGAUUAACAGCCCUGUGCUUUAGCCACUACGCCACCACCACUCCAUAUUUAGUCAUAUUAAUGAACUGCAUAAUCUCAACAAUUUGCUAAAUUAUUAACAUGACAUAGGCUGGAUAGUAAAACUGACAAUUUUUUAAAUGCAACAGAAGUGUGAUGAUAUGGAAUAACCACAUGAUAAAUAUUUCCCAUUUAAUUUUUGAUUUUAGACUAUUUGCUUCUAUGCACGUUAAAUGGUUUGUUGCAUUUUAUUAUUUGCAUUUUUUUUUCAUUAUUGCAUUGCAACCCACCAGUUGAGAACCACAGAUAUAGAGAAUUUCACAGCUGUAAAAUGGGACCUGUUGCAUGUAGCAGAGUCAUUCUGAUACUCCUGUGUGUGCAGAUUUCAAAUAGCAUUUUAUGCAUUCAGGUUAGGAAAGAUAAUAAUAUAAUGUAAUAUGAGCAAGUAUGUUGUAUGCAUAUUAUUUUUUUAUGUGUUGAUUGUACGUUUUAAAGAGAAACUAAAUCUGUAUGACGCAGUUGAUUGAACUAGGUUUGCUGUUUUUUUUUGUUUGUGUGUUUUUUUUUUAUUGAAAAUGCUUUUUCAGUCAUUAGUUCCAUAGAGACAUGUCCGUGUGUUGUUGAGAUCACAGAGGGUUUUCUGAUAUUCUUUCAAUGAACGAGUAGAUCAAAUCAGUAGAUUGGGGGCUCAAGUGAUUUGUUUGUUUGUUUGUUUGUUUUGCUCUUCAAUAAAAAACAAUGUUUCAUA